UAAUCGAAUAUUAUUUCUCUCUAAUUGUAGUCUAACCGAAGGAUUUGGAGAGCAUUACAAGCGCGGUUUUGGAUGCAAGUUAUUGGCGAAUUAAGAAUGGGUGUCAAAUUAAAGAAGGUUAAUUAUUCAAGGACACCGAUAGAGUACGAGCUAACGCCGUACGAAAUAUUAAUGGAUGACAUUAGGUCUCGGAGGUACACGCUAAGGAAAGUAGACGGCGCGAUACCUCAGAGUGUAAAGAAAGACGCUCAUGCAAUGAUACUCGAAUUUAUUAGAAGUAGACCCCCACUUAAAAAGGCAUCAGAUCGAAAGCUGCCACCUCCUCGCCGUGAGGUGACCCCUCGGGAGAAACUCCUCGCGUCCAUACAAGUCGGCAAACAACUGCGACCUACACCCUACUCAAGGCGAUUGUCAACGAGUGGUGCAGGUAGCGGUCCAGGAGGGGGCGACACGCGACGCGGCGGUGACGUAACGCCGCACGCGCAGCCGCAACGACGCCUCAUCAAAGUAGACUUUGACAAUCUUGAGGAUGAUGAAGACGAAGAUGACACAGAAACGUGUACGAGUCCUGAAGUGUGCGCGCCCCAGCCGUUCCCGAGGCACACGGCACCACAGCAACAAACUCCCAAGCCUUGGAAAAGGACCGCAUACGACUUGGCAACGCAGUGUCCGUCGCGGCGAGCCUCCAUGAGACGGCACACAGUCACGCAUGCCGUCUGUCCACCUACCGAUGGAGCACACUCAUUACCGCAUUCAAGGCCAGGAUCCCGAGCGUCAUGCGCUGGAGCCGCCUCGCUCGCGAGUAGCGACGCUGACGCGCAACUGGGAGAGCUCUCCUGGUCCCGGUCGAGUCUACAGGACGAACUCAUCAAGUCGGUUAGUGGCAGCCCCAACCAUGGCUCGCAUAAACAGUGGCAGGAUGCCAUCAUGUCCGACGACAGGUUGUCUCUGACCCUGGAGGAGAUAGUGCACAUCAGGUCUGUGCUGACCAAAGCUGAGUUGGAAGUACUGCCAGUUGAAGGCAGGGUCAAAGAGGACGUUGAAAAGAGAAGAGUAUGCUUCUUAUGUUUGAAAACAAGGUUCGGCAUUUUCGGUCCUUGGGGCCAGAAAUGCAAAUUGUGUAAAAAGACUGUCUGUCAAAAAUGUUGUUCAAAGAUGCGUAUCCCUACGGAGCACUUCGCACACGUGCCGGUGGUGCUGCUGUCGCCGUCGCUGCUGCCGUCCCCCGAGGACGAGGCGCACUCCUCCUUCCCCAGGAGUCUCAUGUCCAGGCUCGUGUCGCCAGAGUACACGAGCAUGGUAGAGAACAGCGUGGGCAGUGCGCCGAGCAGCCCGGCGCUGGCGCGGCGCGCGAGCGGAGCGGGUGCGGGGGCGGGGGCGGGGGCGGGGGGCGCGGCGGGCUCGGCGGCCGCGCGCUCGGCGCCGGGCUCGCGCGGCGGCUCCGCGCUCGGCUUCUCCGACCAGCUGUCCGUGCCGCCGCACGCCAUGUCGCGCAGCGUGGACGGCCCGCAGGCCAUGUCGCUCGUCAACACGCCGCCUUCCACGCUCGACCGCAGGGCUCGGUACGGGCGCGGCGCAGCAGCGUCGACAGCUGCGGAGCGGCUGCGCGGCGUGCAGAUGGCGGUGUGCCACGACUGCAAGGCGAUGGUGCUGCAGAUCAUCAAGUCGUCGCGCGCGUCCCGCUCCGCCUCCCGCGACCGCGCGCUGCGACACCUCACGCUCGACCUCGCGCCCGUCUACACCGCCAACUGUUAGUGCGCGCGACAUACGAUCACCAGGUAGUGCAACAGGCCUCUACAAAGGUUACAAACUAUCAGUGCCAGCAUCGAAUCCCAUAGCCAAUAGUGAGUGUUUUCUUCAUGUGUCGAGUUAUUUACCACGAUUUGACCGCCAAAAAGUACACUAACCACAGAAGUGACUUAUCCAAUAGUGUCUAAAGCAUCGGACUAUACCAAUUAGUGCGUCAAACAACAAUGUAAAAA